AUGUCGUACAACAAGCGAGGACGAGAUGACGAUGACGGGUAUGACGGCGGGCGACGGCAGCGACACACGCAGACCACGCACCAGAUCUUCGACCGGCUGUACUUUGACAUUGUCGAGAUAGGCGACCCUUCUCGAAUGUCUCUGACAAAUCGAGUUGCUCAGGCGGGAUUCGGAUUUGCGCAGGAUCUGGACAACCUGGCGAUCCGAAACGGAGUUCUCGAGACGUUCAUUGCCACGAUCAUGGAGCAGCCCCACAAAACACCGCUGGUUGCAGCCAUUGUUCUCGUGGCCAACUCCUCCAACUCGCUGGCAGGUCAGCUGGCAGUGGAGCAUCUGCACAGCAAGAUUGAAGGAUGGCUCAAGCAGGGCAACUAUAACCACGUCAAGAUAGCCGUGCGACUUUUGGCGUGUCUCGAAGGAGCCAUUGAGGAGGGACGAGGAGUGCUGGUUUUCCUGGAUCGACUGUUGGAUCGAGCAAUUGAGCGGGACCAGGCCAAGGGUAGCGAGUCGCGUGAUCCCCUGGUGGAGGAGCUGUACGCCACCAUAUUUCUGACUCUUCCCUACAUCGGAUCCACUUUGGUGUCUCUGGGCAAGUCUGUGGAGGCCUGUGAUCAGCUGCUGGAGAAGGCCAACGGUCAUUUCGGUAUCGAAAAGUUCCUGUCGAACCCCAUCGUCGAGCCCUACACCGGCGACGACAAGCCCUACGAGUGCGAUCUGUUCCUGGCCAACCUCUACGAGGGAGUCAACUCCGUGGCCAAGGACGGAUGGGCCGUCAAGUCGUUCAUCAACGUGUUAGAACUGAUUGAGCCUGUGGUGGAGAACAAGGAGGUGACCCAGAAACACGUUUUCCCGGCAGUUUCUAUUCCCGAGACUCUGGCCGAGUCCACUUCCACAGACUACAUUUACCCCAGAAUCUUCUUCCGAGCCUACAUGCCCAUUGACGUGGAAGGCGAGGCCAUGAACACGGUUCCAGACCCCAAGUCAUACGACGCUGUGCUGUGGAGAGACAUGCUGUCAGACACCAUCCAGAAUCUCGACUUUAACCGAAAAGAGUGCGCCAAGCAGCUGUUCACCCUUGAUCUUUUCCUCAACAAGGGCACCUUCACGGGACCCGGAAUCUCGGUAGACAAGCUAAGUGGCAAGUUUUUGGAUGCCAAGGCCGACGACAGACCCAUCUCCACUCUCAAGGUGGAAGACGUGGCGUCUGAAGCCAUCCUGGCAGAGCUUUUUCGGCUCGCCACACCUCCUCUACAGCCUGCGUACUUUCAUUCUCUGUUCAUCGAGGCAUGUAUCAUGGCCCCUCAGGCCAUUGCCCCUGUUUUCGGCCGAGCGGUGCGGUUCCUGUUUGCCAACCUGCGGUCGUUUGACACAGAGCUAAUCCACCGGUUCCUGGACUGGUUUUCGCACCAUCUGUCCAACUUUGGAUUCACCUGGAAGUGGCAGGAGUGGGUCGAGUACGUCGAUCUGGAACCUCUGGACCCUCGGCUCGUCUUUAUCAAGCAGCUCAUCAAGAAGGAGCUCCGUCUGUCAUUCGAGUCGCGAAUCAAGGAGACUCUCCCCGACGAACUUGUGGUGUUUGUGCCUACUGACGGCGAGUUGAUGCCAACCUACGAGUACAUUGAGUCUGAGAACCAGUACAGAGAAGUCGCCGACCAGUUGUUGGACGUGUUCAAGGACAAGUACGACCAGGGUGUCUCCGAGACAUACCUCGAGGUGAUUGAUUCCAUCAAGGAGGCUGUCCCCGACAACAGAGAGCUCCUACUGGACAUUGUCAUCGGAGCCGCCAUCUUUGUUGGCUCUCGAUCACUGUCUCUGUCCCAGGACUGGAUUAACCGUCUUGCCCAGCAGCUCCAGCACGUGAUUGAGUCUGCUGAAGAUGAGUCUGCUGCCGUGACAACCGUCAUGCAGUUUUACCGAAACCAGCCCCAUGUAGGAACCGUUGUUCUGCACUUUUUGCUGCUUGAAAACGUCAUUUCGCCUGCUGCUAUUAUCACCUGGCUGUUUGAGUCGCCGGGCGAUGUUGUUUUCACCGAGAACCACGGUUGGGAGUGUCUGAUUCGAACUCUAGAUGAGGUGGCCCAGGAGGGAGAGGUGCAGGAUCACGUUGGACCCUUCAAGAGUGUUUUCGAGUACCUGGCCGUCAAGGACUCCGACUCGGAGCAGCUCGGAUGGUGGAAGCGACAGGUCACCAAGUCGCUCAUUCGAAAGUACGUUGAUUACAUUAAGAACGAGCAGAUUCUCGAAGUGGUUCCCACCAAUGUCAAGGACAUUGUCGGCCAGUAUCUUGCUGUUCGACCCAUUGUGCCCCGGAAGAAGGUGAUCAUCGCCGAGCCCAAGGUUGAAGAGGAUCAGCCCAUGGCUGACGCUGCUGCCAAGGGUGUCACCGAGGCCACCUCGGCUGUCGAAUCAAAGGAGACCAAGGAGGCUGAAACCGCUGCCGAGUCCAAGGAGGCUGAGGUCGCAGAGUCCAAGGAGGCUGAAUCCGCUGCCGAGCCCAAGGAUGCUGAGGUCGCAGAGUCCAAGGAGGCUGAAUCCGCUGCCGAGCCCAAGGAUGCUGAACCCGCUGCCGAGUCCAACGACAAGGACGAGACAAUGCAGGAAUAA